AUGAUGAUUGCUGCAUUCACCAUAACAACAACCAUGCUCCAAAUGAAUGCAACUAAACAGAUCAAUGAACAAAAUCUAAAAAUUGCUAUUGAAAAUCGGGAUAUUGCCAAUCAUACUCGGCUUCAACAGCUUGAAAUAGAACAAAAACGUCACGAACGCGAGCGUGAAUAUCAAAAGGAGCAAUGGAAUCUUGAAAAAUUCAUCGCGGAAGAAAAUCUAAAAAUUGCUAUUGAAAAUCGGGAUAUUGCCAAUCAUACUCGACAUCAACAGCUUGAAAUAGAAGAAAAACGCCACAAACUCGAGCGCGAAUAUCAAAAGGAGCAAUCGGAUAUUAAAAAAAUCAUCGCAGAAGAAAAUCGCAAACAAGAUUUACAAAUCGCCAAAGACAAUAGAGACAAUAACGAGCACAUUGAGCAACAACGGCAAGACAAAGAUAUUCAAAUUGCUAACCAAACUCGGUUGCAUCAGAUUGAAAUUGAAGAAACUCGACUAAAACAAGAACGUGAACUGGAAGAGGAUAGAAGAGCAGCUGACUUUCAAGCCACGGAAAACAGACAGAUGGACACAUAUCUGGCUGCUUAUCUAAAAGAAAUGAGUGAUUUCCUCUUAGCCGAGAAUUUUACUUUGAAGAAUUAUCGUUUGGCCAUUGUUCUUCGAGCUAAAACAAUAACUGUUCUACGGCAACUUGAUAACAAACGAAAAGCGCAUGUUAUUCAGUUUCUGAAACUCGAUCACAUUUCGCUAAGCGGUGUUAUUCUCCAUGGAGCAAAUUUCACUGGAACAUCACUAAAUACCAGCAACUUUACUUACGCCACACUUACACAUAGCAACUUCCAAAAUAGUAACCUUGGCAACGCUAUAUUUUUCAAAUGCGAUGCAUCAGUAGCGAACUUCACCGGGGCAGUCAUAGCAAAUGCCACAUUCACUCAAGCUCGUCUCAUCAACACAUCAUACCGUGAAAUUCAAGGUCACAACGCUCGCUUCGAUCAGACAUUACUUGACGAUGCUGAUUUUGAUCGUCCCUAUCUUAUUCAAGCGAACUUCACAUUAGCAAGUUUGCGUAGUGCAAGUUUCAAACUUGCCAAAUUGAGCUCGACUGAUUGGCUGAAUGCCAUUCUGCUCGGCGCUAAUUUCCGUGAAGCUCAACUUCGAGGUGCCAAUGUCACUAAGCAACAGUUACGACAAAUGUUUUCAUUUGAAAAUGCGGUACUUGCCAAAGGAGUGAUUAUGCCAAAGACUAACUUGCUUAUCAAUGGUGAUGCUGAGAAGAAAACAAAAUCAGGCUGUUCAACGACUAACUGGAAAACUGACAAUUCGAUGGUAGCAAGAACUUAUUCAUUGGAUAAAGUUCCGACUAGUCUCGGCAUGCGCUACUUCACGGGAAGCGAGAAUAAAUUCCUGGCUACCAUGUAUCAACAAGUCGAUACUAAACGUACGAUGGAAUUUGAAGAAAGAAUUCAACGUCUAUGGUUUUAUGGACGUUGUCGACGACUGAUUUCUGUCGACGAAUUUUUUCCUGGAUUUCUAUUAAGAGAAUUCAAUCACGAGAACGACAAUAUAAAAAAUCAUUCAUGGACAUUAACUGCAAAAAGUGAAGAAUUUAACGAUGAAAAAUGGUUUUCUUACAAUGCAACAACAACCCGAAUCGAACUGCAAAUUACUUUUAAGAGGAAACAGACGGGUUCAUUAAAUCUCACGUUUGGCUACUGUGACAAUCUCCGAAUCGCUGUUUAUGAUAAUACUUACGCAUAA